AGUGAGGCGACAUGGGGAGAGUUUUGCUUUGGUGGACGUAGGUAGCGGACAGGCCGUCUGGGUUUUCUUCGGAUACUUAGCGAUAGGACCCUUUGCUGGCCGUACUACGAUUUUUCCCCUCCAAACGCCCUUCAGAGCGCUCCGCGCCCGGAAAGGCGCGCGGCUUCCACCCGGCCCUGCUCGCGGGUGCCCGCUGCCAUGGCGACCCUGCUGCGAGCUGCCCUGCGCCCUCUCCGCCCGCCCCCCGGGCACCGGGGGCCGGCCGCAGACGUGCUGCUUCGAGGCGCGCGCCAUGGCGCCGGCCAGCUCUACCCUGAGCACAUCCCCACCUCCCCGCUGCAGAAGGUUCUGCUGGCCGCGGGCUCGGCCGGAAUGGCCCUCUACAACCCGUACCGCCACGACAUGGUCGCGGUUCUAGGGGAGACCACAGGACUUCAUGCCCUGAAGGUCCUCAGGGACCAAAUGAAGAGGGAUCCAGAGGGUGCCCAGAUCCUACGGGAGCGUCCGCGGAUCUUACUGUCCACCCUUGACCUGGACAAGCUCCGUAGUCUGCCUGAGGGCUCACUUGGCCAAGAGUAUCUCCGUUUCCUAGAUGUGAAUAGGGUCUCCCCAGACACCCGAGCACCCACCCGAUUCGUGGACGAUGAGGAACUAGCAUAUGUGAUCCAACGGUACCGGGAGGUACACGACAUGCUCCACACCCUGCUGGGGAUGCCCACCAACAUGCUGGGGGAGAUCGUGGUGAAGUGGUUUGAGGCUGUCCAGACUGGCCUGCCCAUGUGCAUCCUGGGUGCUCUCUUUGGACCGAUCCGACUCCAUACCCAGGGCCUGCAGGUGCUGGUUUCGGAGCUGAUCCCGUGGGCAGUUCAGAAUGGGCGCAGAGCCCCAUGUGUCUUCAACCUGUACUACGAGCGGCGCUGGGAGCAGCCCCUGAGGGCUCUACGGGAGGAGCUGGGCAUCACAGACCCCCCGAUGCUUGUCAGGGCCCUGGCCUAGGCCCUGAGGUACUGCCCACCCUCAACCCCUGGUGGCAGAAGACUCUUUUGCCAUACCUUUGUUCCUUUUCUUUGAACACUGACCCUUGGACAUCAUUUGUCAUAAUUUGUUACAACCACUGCUGAGUGGCUUGAGGGCCACCCAGGAGGGAGCCAGGAGUUGCCCAAAGAGAACCAUGUGUGAGUGGGAAUCAGUCAUCCAGGCUGGUGGGGGCGGGAUGUCUCAGUUCCACUGCCCCUGUUCUGGACUGCUCUUUGCCAUCCAGGGUUUUUUGAGGGCCAGGCUGGAUUUCCUCCAGCAGUGAGGGCUAUACCCAGGUACAAAGGCCUGAAAAGGAGCAGGUGAGUCUGCUGUCUGAAUAAAGCCUGCCAUCAGGCCAACUAUCUACCUCUUCCUCUAGCAGCCUUGGGCCUUUGAGCACCAAGGGCAGACAUUCCCUUCAGCCUGAACUUCAGCUACUUGUCCUGUUUCCUUUGGUCUAAAGUCAGACAGACUGGGACUCAAAUUCCCAAUUCCUCCAUCAUUUUCCGGCAGAGGAACUUGGCCCCCCUGUCAGCCCAUUUCAUCAUCAGUAAAAGGGGAAUGAAAACAGCACCCACUUCCUAGGGUCACUGUGGGGAUUUCGUGAGGUGACACUCAGAAGAGGGCUUCAGAGAAAGGGCCCCGGGGACAGAAGGCAAUUAUCCUCAUUGUGAUCACAGGUGAGGAGGCAGCUCUGAGGCUGCUGAUUCAUUUUGGAAUGGCACCCAGACAUUUUCCCUGGGUCAGGGCCAAGGAGUUGGGGACAGGCAGGUUGAAAGAAUCACCGGAAGAGUGAGUGACCCUGUCUUGGGUUUUAGAACGAGAAACACUGAGAGUUUUGGGGAGCCAGCUCCCCUUUGUGUGGAUAGGACAACCAAGGCCCAGAGAUGGGCAAGGAAUUGCCCGAAAUAACUAGAACACAGGCCAUGUGUCCUCCUUGGUUGGGUUUCCUAUGCCUCAGUUUCCCUAGGUAAUAAGGGUUACAGUUGUUUUUUUUUUUUAAUUUUUUUUUUUAACAUUUAUUUAUUUUUGAGACACAGAGAGACAGAGCAUGAACAGGGAGGGUCAGAGAGAGGGAGACACAGAAUCUGAAACAGGCUCCAGGCUCUGAGCGGUCAGCACAGAGUCCAACGCGGGGCUCGAACUCACAGCCCUCACAGACCGUGAGAUCGUGACCUGAGCUGAAGUCGGCCGCUUAACCGACUGAGCCACCCAGGCGCCCCAAGGGUUACAGUUUAUUUACAGCUGUACUCUGUGCGUUAGCAACUGAGAUGCAUUAUUGCACUAAUGCCUCCCAACAACCCAAAGACAAAAGUCAUACUAUUGCUUGCAUUUUACUAAUGAGGCAGUAGCAGAGCUGGGUCUGGAACCACGGGCCUCUCCAAAACCGGCCCCACAUUGCCACACCAGCGCCUCACCCUUCCUUGUGCCGACUGAGUCCCAGUCCAGAUAGAUAGAGCUGGGAGGCUGGAGGCCUACCUCGGAACAGUGGCCUUUUUCCAAGAGGGAAGCCUUGUCCUGAGCUCUUUGAAUUUCUGGAGAAAGGAGAGGAUUAGGGUGAGCUUUCUAUAUCUAAUCCUUCUUUGCAGCGUAGGCCAUCUUUCCAGACCCAGCAUGUUUCCAUGGCUUUCCAGGGUCCAGGCACCCCUUGCCCCCAGGUCAGUAAAAGUCAACAGUGCCAAGUUAGGGGGAGAAAGGCCUGACUCGCAGAUGGCCUUCUCUGCCCAGCUGGGGAGUUCACCUGCUCCAGCCACCUGGUGCCUGAAUGGCCCUGGGCCUUUACAGCAUUCAAGAGAUGGGCACUGGCUGUCACAAUUAGCUGGGAAUGAAGUCUGGUCUCCAGAUCUUAGGGUGGCACCAACUCACGAUUGGAAAUAAGUUAUACACUGGCAACAGCUACCACUUACUGAGUUCUUACCACAGCCCGUAAGGCUCUGCCAACUUCUACCUAGAAACUUCCACUCUUCAUCUCAAUAAACUAUGUUGGCCUUCUC